AUGGCCAGAGCACGGCCUAGAGCCCAACAGCCGCAACCCAUCCCACCCCCUGCCGACUCUGUUGAUGACGAGGAGGAGGAGGAGGAGGAGGAGGAGGAGGAGGAGGAGGAGGAGGAGGAGGAGGAGGAGGAGGAGGAGGAGGAGGAGGAGGAGGAGGAGAGCGACGACGAAUACGACGAGCGUCCUCCGCGUAGCACGAAUCCGCGCACCUUGGAAGAACGCCUCCCGCGGGAACUUGAAUACAUAGAUGACAUGCUCGAACAGGACGAGGACGAGGACGAGCAGAACAUGGUGGUGCCACGCGAACAGUGGAGAGCAGCAGACUUCGUCGAGGACGACAUGGUUUACGCAAGCAUCGACGUGCUGGUCAUAGACGCCCUACGCCACCUGCAAACCUUGGAGAAGAAUAGCACGCUGAGGCUGCACGUCGAUGAGAUCGGCCACUACAUCCGGGACAACAAGAAGAAGAAUUGGGACAAAGUGGCCGAGGUCCCCCGGGAGUACAUCUGGCUGCACGGCCCUAGGGUAACCGAAACCCGGCUGCGCGCCUACGUGAAGUUCAUGAUACGGGAGUGUAAGCUCGAUGCCGAGUCGAUCGAGGAGGGGAACAAUGCCUCGCGAACCCAGCCUGUGCAAUGUACAACGGUGCACACGCUCCUCGGGCGCAUAAAAGCAUGCCAGAUGGCGGCGAGAGUGGAGGCGACGCUCUACCGGGGGAAGGAGCUGAGCAUCAUGCGGGAGAUCUCGGUGGUCAGAUCGGAGGUGCGGUUCAUGGUCCGCACCAAGAACGAGAGGGACGUCAAGAAUUGUGCCGACCGGCGUCGCGGCACCAUCGGCGAUACCUACACCGCCGAACAGUUCCGCCAGAUCAUGAUGAAGGUGCUGCCAACAUGGGCGGCGUCGGCGUGGAACCCGCGGGCAACCGCUCCUUGGCAGACGCUGUGGCGAUUUCUGCUCACCAAGGCGCUCACGCUACUCUCCCACCACACUCUCCUGCGAGGCGCCAGAAUCCGCAAGAUCACGCUCCCCGACAUCUUUUUAUACCGACUGGCUAGCACCUCGUCGGUGAACCCGGAGAACCAGCCGGUCGUCAUGGUGAUCGCCGCGCGGAACUCGAAGAAUUCCAAGGAUGCCCGUCUUCAGCAGAGCUACGCGGCGCGACACCUGGAAGCGGAGUUGUGCGCCGUCGGUGAGACCGGCCUAUGGUUGCACUUCAUCCUCGACCAGAUCGGUCAGUUCAACGGCGUCGACUUCCUUCCGCCGCUUGACACCACCGAACGCGAGCGCUGGUACAAGAAGCACCUCUUCUUCGCCCGCAACGACAAGGAGCAAAAAGAGCUCUCCGCCGCCAGCCACCAACGUUGGACGCGGCAAAUAUGGACGACCAACAAGGUGUUCUGCAAGCGGAACGUGCACGCCGCUCGCGCCGGAGGUGCGCAGGAGCUAGCCAUUGAAGGGACGCCUCGCGCCGAGAUCACCGAGCUGGGUCACUGGGCACUCGACAAGAUGACGCGUGCUUACAUCACAGCCAUUCCCGUUGGGGUGGUGAUGAGGAAGGCCGGCUACUCGGGUUGCAAGCAAGACUACUUCUUCGGUCGCAGCAGGGUCGAGCCCUCCGACAAACUAUUGGACAUCAUUGCCGAGCACAUCUUCCCCGGCGUGGAUGCUCUGCUGCGCGAUGCGGAAACGCGAGCUGCCAAAGGGAGCGACGCCGACGAAGCCGCCAUGCACUUCUGGCGUACCCUCCAGAUGAUGCGCCGCAUCGUCGCCGAGGACCUCGCGGUGAAGCUCGUCCGCACCCCUUGGCACCCGUACGUCCAAGACGCACAGAGGAUGCCGGCAACGUCGCCGUCGGGGAACGAGCAGACGCCGAGCGAGAGUGGCUCCGCGGAUUCGGCCAGUACGGGGGCCAGAAACAAGAAACGGUAUGAGAAACCCCCACAGACACUCGACGAGGCUCGUUACGAGCUCAACGUGGUGCAACCUUGGCGGGAGGCAAAGACCGUGAGGGACGCUUGGCGCCUCUGGAACUCCGCCACCGCCGAUGACACCCGUCGUCUUUGCGACAGGGUCGCCGAGACGGGAUUCGUCGACUGCCACACCCUCCUCAAAGGCGCGACACAGGGUGCACACGACAUGAAGGUGUGCCGCAUGCUGAAGGCCAUGGAUGCAGUGCGCCUUCUUCGCUCGAGCGACGGCGAUGCCGACACCGAAGCCGUCAUCGCUGCCCUAAACAAGAUCGCGGCGCCGGGCAUCGGGACCUUCUGCGAUGCCCUCACGGUGCUCAAACCAGGAACCGCACCGACGAAGUCCAAGGAGCCCGGCAUGGGUGUCAAGGGGCUGGGCCCCAAGUCGGUCUCGAAGCUUCGUCUCGCCUGUGCGCUGGUGGCGGUCAACUUGAAGUCGUCCGCUUGGGUCGCCGUCCUGUUUCCAGACACUUGGGAGGAGCAGAUGCCGAAGACCGUGGCCGACAUGGCCAAGCAGACCGCACCUGUGCUGCGUCCUCCGACGAAGCGCAAGAAGGCAGCAUGA